AAUCCUGUGAGGCUGUGUCGUCGGAUCACCUACUUGGCGACAGGCCUGAGGGGUGGCAUGCGCGCGGGCUUCGACUCCCUGAACGAUGUGGUGAUCAUCGAGGUGGCCCAGGGCAUCUGUGCCUACCUCCUCGACGUCUAUCCGAGCAUCCAGAAGCGGCAGACGCAGGGCGUGGUCGUUGGCUACGACGGAAGGUACAAUAGCAAGCGGUUCGCCCAACUCAUUGCCACGGUGUUCCUCAACAACGACUUCAAGGUCUACCUCUUCACCCGGAUGACCCCGACACCCUUCAUACCCUUUACCAUUGUGACGCUCCAGUGUCUGGCGGGGAUUGUGGUCACCGCAUCGCACAACCCAAAGGAAGACAAUGGCAUCAAGGUUUACUGGUCAAAUGGAGCUCAGGCGAUCGCGCCCCAUGAUCAGCGAAUCCAUGACUAUAUGCUCAAUAAUCUGGAGCCCAAGCCUUCGUCCUGGGAAACUUCGUUGGUACUGGAUCAUCCGCUGAUCGAAGACCCCUUUCGUCAGAUUUACCCCCUGUUCUACGAAACUCUGAAGAAGCUUCUACCACCGAUUUAUCUGGAGACCAACGAGUGCAGCCAGCUGCGGUUCAUCUACACGGCUCUCCACGGCGUGGGCUACCCCUUCAUGAGGGAGGCCUUCUACCAGGCGCGACUCAAGCCCGUGAUUCCCGUACUCGAGCAGAAGGAUCCGGAUCCCGAGUUCCCCACGCUCGUGAAGCCGAAUCCGGAAGAGGGCAGGGAAGCCCUGAAGCUGGCCAUCAAAAAGGCGGAGGCGGAGCACUGCACCCUGGUGCUGGCCAAUGAUCCCGAUGUGGACCGCCUGGCGGUGGCAGAGUUGGAUCCUCGGGGUCGCUGGAAGGUGUUCAGUGGCAACGAACUGGCCGCCCUGUUCGGAUGGUGGGCCCUGGAGAACUACAAGACCAGGACGCCCAAGCCGGCUGUGUCCAAUUGCGUGAUGAUAGCCACACUGGUGAGCUCGCGCAUCCUGGCGGCGAUGGCGCGAGUGGAGGGAUUCGUCUUUGUGGAGGGCAUGCCCAGCUUUCCCUGGAUGGCACAUCGGGCCUUGGAACUGCAAAAGUCGGGCAGGACGGUGCUCUUCGCCUUCGAGGACUGUUUUGGCUACAUGUUCGGGAUGAGCCUGCCCGAUAAGGAUGGUAUCGGAGCAGCCAUGCAGUUGGCCACCAUGGCCUGUUAUCUGCGCAGCACCCGGAAUGUAACGCUGAUCGAAAAGCUGAGGGAGAUCUACGAUACCUAUGGUUAUCACUCAUCGGUGUCGUCAAUAUUUAUAGCUGACAGUCCGGAAACGAUCACUUCAAUCUUCGAACAUUUGCGUAACUUCACGGACGAAGGGGGCUAUCCAAAGUGCAUUUUGGAGGAGGAGUUCGAGGUGGUACAAGUCCGCGACUUGACCACCGGACUGGACACCUCCUUCAGCGAUGGGAAGGCUCGGCUGCCCGUGAACCCAGAUGCUCAGCUGAUCACCUUCACCUUCACCAAUGGAUAUAUGGUCACCCUGCGAUCGGCUGCCAACGACACCAAGAUCAAACUUAACGCGGAGAUCUGCGGCUUGCCGGAGGAGAAACAUUGGGAGGAGCUCCACGAGAAACUCAACCGGAUGACCAACGCCGUGGUCGAGGAGUUCCUGCUACCCGAGGAGAACGGCCUUACAGACUCCUCAGCAAUUCAAUAGGUACUAUAGGUAAUUCUUGAAAAUAAAGGAAUAAAAUAAGGUCGAUGAUAUUUAAAAUAUA